UUGCCUCUUGUUUUACAUAUCAAUUUGUCAUAAUGGAAGAGACUGAAGAACGAGCAGAAAAUGUUUUAUUAUACAAAUCAAGACGGGCUAGCGAACCGUAUGGCAAUGAACGAAAAUCAUCAUCGAUGUUGUUUAGUACGACGAAUAAGAUACCAUUAUUAGAAGUUCCAAACACUGAAAAUGUUAGAAAGUUAUCGUCACUAACAAGCGGAUCAGGGAGUAGAUCUACAUCUAGAUUAGGAAGCACUGACAGCAGAUCCUCAGCUGCGGUGCAAGAACUAAAUUCGAUACUAGAAAGAUAUGACGAGAGGGACAUUAACAGUAUUCUCAAUCCCUUGGAUCCAAAUUCAAACAGCAGAAUCAAUGAAAUUGCUUCUCAGCUUCAACAAAUAGUAGAUGACGAAGAAUUAGAUUUUUCUGGAACACAAACGCAGAUUGCUAGAUCAAGAAUUUCACUUCUUGAGAACAAGUAUGCUUUAGAGUAUGAAAAAUUUGUGAAGCUUGUAUACGCUUGGAAACCAAAACGAUAUAGUCUGCUAAAUUUACUAAAAACAUCAGUUGAUAUCAUAAAUAGAAAUUCUAAGAUAUUCACUGCUGCGCGCCUUUUGUCCGCAUCGGUUGACAUUACAGGCUCUGUAGGUGGUUUGUUGUUAAAUUCAGAGUCUCCUUGGAGAAGCAAAGCCUUCCUUGCUGCCACUGUUUGUGGAGCUAGUGGUCUGUUUUGCACAGUUUAUGAGGUACAGAGAACAAAAAAUUUGCAGACAGAAAUUUUAAAUUCCACAGAAGAAGAUCAAGAAUUAUUCGAACCUAUAGCUGAUUGGUUCAAUCAGUCGGAAGACUUUGAUGCUGCAAUCCAGAGCUUGUUUCCAUACGGGAUAGAUAAAAGUAUAGUUAGAGAAAUUCAACAUUCAACAAUGCAGCUUAACAAUUACAGGAAACUUUUCAAUGCUGCGCUUGUAACUAAUGGUAGAAGAGACAGAAAUCUUAUCAAAGAUGCAGAUUUCCUUUGCAGUCUACAGCUGUUUGCCAAUAGUGAAGUUGGUGUCAAGUGGUUAGAAAGAGUCAUGCACCGGGAACAUCCCCUGGAGCUAGAUAUUGCAAGAAUGACCAUGCAAGUCGAAUUUGGUCAAGCAAGUGGUAUUAUUUGGCAGAGUAUUCCUGCAUUACCUUUAGAACAACAAAGGUUAAAUUCAGUGCCUGUACUUGGAAGAAUAUGCUUGAAUAUAUUAACGAUAUAUGAUUCUGUAAGUGACCUCAAACUCGGUUCGAAGUCCAAAUAUUCUAGAACACUGAGAAAGCUAUCUCGAAAAAUGGAAACUGAGCUAGAUAUGAUCACAAAAUUAGUUGAAGACUUAAGACCAAACAGACAAGCUGGAAAUAUGCCACAGAGAAGAGAAACAGAACUUUAAUGAUAAUUUAUAUAGUUUGAUAUUCAGAUAAUAUAGAUAAUUUGAUCAAUCAGUUAUUUAUACAAUGAAUUUUAUUAUUCAAAUCAUUGAAAGUGUUUUAAGUCAUUAGUACUUUGAAAUGGCGAUAAUAAAACUCUCAAGGAAUAAAUUCGUCUCACAGGGAA